ACUGGUUUCUGCUUUGUGACAACAAAGAUGACCCUCAGCAACCGUAGGCUUAAACCCUACCUUCUUAGCAGUCUCAGUGGAAAGAGAACUCUUUCCUGAGAGCCCCAGUUUGAAAACAGUUUCCUCUCUGAAUAAGUGUGAAAUGGUGACAGAAGAUCCUUUGAGACAUGUUUAGUCUAGAUGUUUCCGGAAGAGCUGCAGCCUUUGAAGAAACACUUUUUGACGACGAUAUCAGACCAAAGACUCCUUCCUACUGGGGAGAUGAGGAAGAUUGGGGCACACAUGAACCCAGAUCUGAUUGAUGAGAAGGAACCAACCAUGUGAUGAUCUGGGGAAGAACAUUUCGGGUAGAGGGGUCAGCCAGUGCAAAACCCCUGAGAUGUGUUCAAGGAACAUCAAGGAGAUCGGUGUGGCUGAAGCAUAAGUGAAGCAGAAGGGGCAAGGGCUUGGAGUGGUUGACAGAGGCCAGAUCAUGUGGGGCCUUGUGGGCCAUGGGAUUGACAGCCAGACCAGUUUGCUCUGUUCAACUGUCCCACUGAGGAUCUAUUGAGGAGCCUGGAGAGGAGUGGCUAGACCAAGACCUCCCCCGAUGUGAGCAGGUGUCCUCCUCCCUGCACCACCCAUUGCCACCACGCCAGGGAACAUCCUCAAGCCCUGGCCCUCAGGGGAGAGGUAACAGGAGCCCGCAGCCGAGACCAUGUGACGGCGCUGGCCCUUGCCACCGCCGUCCCCCCCACCCUGGCCCCAGGCCUGGCACCAUGAUGUUCCGAGACCAGGUGGGCAUCCUCGCUGGCUGGUUCAAGGGCUGGAAUGAGUGUGAACAGACAGUGGCCCUGCUGUCACUUCUGAAGCGGGUCACCCGCACCCAGGCCCGCUUCCUACAGCUCUGCCUGGAGCACUCACUGGCGGACUGCAAUGACAUUCACCUGCUGGAGUCGGAGGCCAACAGUGCUGCCAUCGUCAGCCAGUGGCAGCAGGAGUCCAAAGAGAAGGUGGUGUCCCUCCUGCUGUCCCACCUACCCCUGCUUCAGCCAGGCAACACAGAGGCCAAGUCGGAGUACAUGAGGCUGCUGCAGAAAGUGCUGGCCUACUCGAUUGAGAGCAAUGCCUUCAUCGAGGAGAGCCGCCAGCUGCUCUCCUAUGCCCUCAUCCACCCGGCCACCACGCUGGAGGACCGCAAUGCGCUGGCCCUCUGGCUGAGUCACUUGGAAGAGCGGCUAGCUAGCGGCUUCCGCACCCGGCCUGAGCCCACCUACCACUCACGCCAGGGCUCGGAUGAGUGGGGUGGCCCUGCAGAGCUGGGCCCUGGGGAGGCAGGACCAGGCUGGCAGGACAAGCCACCCCGGGAAAAUGGACACGUGCCCUUCCACCCACCCAGCUCAGUGCCGCCAGCCAUCAACAGUAUUGGGAGCAACGCAAACGCAGGUCUCCCCUGCCAAAUCCACCCCAGCCCGCUGAAGCGCUCCAUGUCGCUCAUCCCCACGAGCCCCCAGGCCCCUGGUGAGUGGCCGAGUCCAGAGGAGCUUGGGGCCCGGGCUGCUUUCACCACGCCCGACCACGCACCCCUCUCGCCCCAGAGCAGCGUGGCCUCCUCUGGCAGCGAGCAGACGGAGGAGCAGGGCUCCAGCCGGAACACUUUUCAGGAGGACGGCAGUGGCAUGAAAGAUGUGCCCUCGUGGCUUAAGAGCCUCCGCUUGCACAAGUACGCGGCCCUCUUCUCACAGAUGAGCUAUGAGGAGAUGAUGACACUGACUGAGCAGCACUUGGAGUCUCAGAAUGUCACCAAAGGUGCCCGCCACAAGAUAGCCCUGAGCAUCCAGAAGCUGCGCGAGAGGCAGAGUGUCCUCAAAUCCCUGGAGAAGGAUGUUCUGGAAGGCGGGAAUCUGCGAAACGCUCUGCAGGAGCUGCAGCAGAUCAUCAUCACCCCCAUCAAGGCCUACAGUGUCCUCCAGGCCACUGUGGCUGCCGCCGCCACCGCUACCACCUCUACUGCCAAGGACGGGGGCCGGGGGGAGCCGCCGCUGCCAGGUGCAGAGCCUCCCCUGGCUCACCCUGGCACAGACAAGGGCAGUGAGGCCAAGGACCCUCCAGCUGCAGAGGGCUACCCCCCUCCACCAGCUCCAGCUCCCACUGAUGGCAGUGAGCCAGCCCCGGCUCCCGUCGCUGAUGGAGACAUCCCCAGUCAGUUUACACGGGUGAUGGGCAAAGUGUGCACCCAGCUGCUGGUGUCCCGACCAGACGAGGAGAACAUCACCAGUUACCUCCAGCUCAUCGAAAAGUGCCUGACUCAUGAGGCUUUCACGGAAACGCAGAAGAAACGGCUGCUGUCCUGGAAACAGCAAGUGCUGAAGCUCCUCCGGACCUUCCCGCGCAAAGCCGCACUAGAGAUGCAGAACUACCGGCAGCAGAAAGGCUGGGCAUUCGGCUCCAACUCACUCCCCAUAGCUGGCUCUGUGGGGAUGGGGGUGGCCCGGCGGACCCAGCGGCAGUUCCCAAUGCCUCCCCGGGCCCUUCCGCCUGGCAGAAUGGGCCUUCUGAGCCCCUCGGGCAUUGGGGGCAUCUCCCCUCGACAUGCCCUCACCAGCCCCAGCCUUGGGGGCCAGGGCCGACAGAACCUGUGGUUCGCCAACCCUGGAGGCAGCAACAGCAUGCCCAGCCAGAGCCGCAGCUCUGUGCAGCGGACCCACUCGCUCCCGGUCCACUCGUCCCCCCAGGCCAUUCUCAUGUUCCCUCCAGACUGCCCGGUCCCUGGGCCUGACCUGGAGAUCAAUCCCACUCUGGAGUCUCUGUGUCUGAGCAUGACAGAACACGCCUUGGGUGAUGGGACAGACAAAACCUCCACCAUCUGACGGGACCCACAGCCCAGCGCACCCAUAGGCUCCCCGGGCGGCGGGCGGGGGCCAACCCCCAACGGGCUUCUCCGCGACAGCGAGAGGGUGGGCUGGCUCAGCUAUACAUUCUAAUAUUUUUCUACUCUCUCACCCUUUUAACUUUUGUUUAACAUUGGCACACGCCUUGCUCACUCCCAGGCCCGUCGAGGGAUCUCUGCUGAGGCCCAGGGAGGUAGGGGGCAGCCAGGGUAAAGGGGGCAGGGACUGGCCAGCCUGCCUGCCCCCUCCUUCCCUCCUUCAUCCCCCACCUGGCCCCGUCCCACCCCUGCCUCCUCCAGACUGCCGGCCACCUGCCCCUCCCAAGAAACAGUCUCCCUCAGAGACUCACUGACCCACUGUCUUGUGGGGCCUGCUCAGAACCAUCUGACAUUUGGGGAGAGAUGAGUGAGGUAGAUAAUCUGCUCUCCUGAACGUGAUUUGAGAGGAGCUGCAGAGAUAAAGGCGGGUGAGGAGAGGAGCGUGUCUGUCUUCGCGCGCGCGCGCUCUCUCUCUCUCUCUCUCCCUCCCCCACCCCCCGCCCCCCGCCCCCCUCACCUCCUUGCCGCCUUCUUCUCCUUCCCCAUUCCCAUCAUUCCCCGAGGACAGGAGCCACUCUCCUCUCACUCACCUCCUUUUGCCCUGUUUAUCAGAGGUUCUCUGCAAUUAAUUUCUUAGGCCUAUUUAAGAUACAUAUUUAUAUAGUUCUUAACGGUUUUUCUCUCUGAUCAUUCCCUCUCAUUUUUAGAAUCCCCAGGCCUCUCUCUGAGCCAAGAAAGUGGCAGGGGGAGCCUGAAUUUUACGAGAGGAGAGGGCAGAGCCCUCUCCUCCAGACCCCUCUAGCCCUUCCCCACUUGCCCCCAGCCCUGGCUCCCCAGAUGCGGAGGUUGAAGGCUGGGAGCCAGGGCAGCCAGUGAGGUCAGGAAGUCUGUUGCCUUAACGUCUCCUUCCCCCACCGACACAAACCCUUCUCCACUCCCAGGUCUGGUUGCUGAAAGACUUGGGGGUAAGGAAUAAGGGAAAGGGGAUGGUUUUUGGUUUCUUUCCCCACCCCCAUCCCCUUUUCUUUCACCCUCACCCCACCCCCCCCAUUCUGUCAUGACCUCACUUAAGUGGAACACUAUAUCAUAAGCCAGAGAUUCGUCCCAGCCCCAGAGUCAUACAGACCCUCCAAUCCCUGUUCCUCCUGAGGGGUUGUGCUGGGGCCCAGGUGGAGGGGGGGGGAUUUGGGGGUUCAGGCUGUAGGGAAGCCAGGGUCCUCUAUUCCAACCCCCUGUCCCCCUCAACCCACCCUUGCCCCCACUGGGACAUUCUCAAGCUUUUCACACCGAAAAGGAAAAAAUGUUAUUUUUAGAUACAUUUUAUGAAUAACUUUUGUUAUGAAUAUGGCUGGUAACCAUUGUGUAUGUUAUUAAAGAUACAAAAUGUUGGGAAAAAAAAAAACCAAAAAAAAAAAAAAUUUUAAAACCACCACCCUCCCUGCACUCACCCAUUCCCCAGACCUUCUUGCCUCUGCUCUCCUGGUCUGGACCUCCCUCAACUCUGAGCCCAGGGAGGGGGAGGAAGCCAUGGGGUGGGGUGGCCCUGGGGACCUGCUCUAGGUCCCCACCUCCUCUCCCAGUGCCGGGCUGGGUAGGGUGUCAGGUUUAUUUAUGUACCUCUUGCACACUCAUCAACCUAUGCAAGUCCCCCACCCCGGCCCCUCCAUGUUUCUGUGCCUUUGCUCAUUCCCCUCCAACUCCCAGGGCUUCUCCAAUCCUCUCCUAGCCCGGGGAAGUGGGAUGGACAGGGGCCACCUCGUUUUGGAAUCAGCAGGGUGUCCCUCUUAGAGACCCUCACCUCCUCCCAGCCAGUCCUGUCUUGUUCACUACCCAUCAGGGUGAGCUGGGUCUGCCUGGCCCCGGGAGGUGGUGAGGGACACCCCCACACACAGUGGGAGGCAAGAGCUGCCCCCCUCCCCCCACCUGUCAGCAGAGUGUGCAGGACGCAGGCGGCCCCACUCUGAUGGGCAGGACCCUGAUCCACUCCCGACCCUCCCCAGCCCCUGCCCCUCCACCAUGAUUUCACUCUCCCUUCUAUUCCCAGCCCCACCGGCAGAAUCAGCUUUGAGUAACUGUACAGUUUUUCUCGCUGUUGGAGAAGACUUAUUUGUUGGAGUUUCACUUGUUUAAUGGUCUGGGCUUAUUUUGGAAAAAAAAA